AAUAGCAGUUGGGACUUUUAUGCAAAUGUUUCAUGGUCACUGAAGCGUAAAUCCUGUCAGAACAAAUAGACAGAUCAUUUUGUUACAACAAGAAGUUUUUUCUCUUCGCCGUGUAAUCAUCCAAGAUCUUACAUCAUCACGAUGGCCACGGUCCACAGCAUUUUUUUUAUCAUUGGCUGCAUAGCAGUGGUCUCCAUCGGGGUGAAGGUAUCCUUGGAGGUGGACAGGCCUUGGCUGAGGGUCCACUUGUCCCAUCGGGCCGUGCUGGAGUGCUGUUACCGGACCGGCACAGCCUCCCCCCAAACCAUGUGGCUCGUGCACCGCCAGCCCGACAAUGGCACUGCCGUCCCGCUGUUGGUGCCUGCGUCAGACCGAGUGAGGUCGGGCUUCAGAACGUACGCCGGGGUCACCUGCGGGACCCUGACCUUUAGUGAGGUGAAAGUGGUCGACACGGGCCUGUACAGAUGUUGGUUCAACGACACCACCAUCAUCACGCCAGGCACCUACCUACAGGUUUACAAGCCGCUGAAGAAGACGAUAAACCUCAGCGAAAAGACCAAAGACGGUAUCCUAAUGGCCGAGGGAAUUUUACUACUUCUGUGCGUCCUGGUGCCUUCGGCCACACUCCUCUGCAAAUCAAAGCAACUUGAAGCACUAAAGCAAAAGAAGGCAAAGAGGGAAGAGGAGAACAUCUAUCAGGGCCUCAAUCUGGAUGACUGUGACAAGGCAGCGAGCCUCUACCAGGAUCUGGUUGCCAAUCGGCAUGAAGAAAUCCAGCUGGAGAGCCCAUGACUGGAACAGAAGAAAUGAAAUUAGAGGGGAGGUGAGGAAGGACAGAAAUUGGAGUCCUUGUUUAUUAAAGUGCAUGUGAUGUUUGCAUAGCCAUUAGAUGGCAUGCAUAGCUUUUUGGUAUCCAACAAUUUAGUGUCCGCAUCUCUAGUUUGUGAUUUGUACUUCAUGAGCAUUU